GCAAGAAAUUUCUAUUCUGUAGACCAUCAUUUUUGAAUGGAAUGCAACUCGAUAGGUAUAACGAAGAACUACAACUAGCAUUCGAAUUCCAUGAGAAUGCACGAUCAGAAGAAGCAGGAUAUAUGCAAGGAGCAAG